AUGCAAAAAGUCUAUACAGUAGCCGUUGGCGAACCAGCCGUUGGCGAGGGUCGUGUAUUUCGCUCCAUUCAUUCUCCCAACGAACUGACGACCAGACCGCUGCCCGAAAUAAAAACAAUGUAUGAUGUUACCCAAUACGCCGCAAAAACCUAUGAAACCAAAAAAGCAAUCGGAUAUAGAACAUUAACACAGAUGGUCGAGGAGGAAAAAGAAGUCACAAAGAUAAUCAAUGGAGUAGAAAAGAAGGAGAAAAAAAUGUGGAAGUAUUUUCAAUUGUCUGGAUACACUUGGCUCAGUUACGCCGAAGUCGCCGAUACCGUGAAAUUUAUUGGGGGAGGAUUGCGUCGUCUUGGUUUGGAAAAGGGAUCAAAUAUCGCUAUAUACGCGUCUACGAGUGCCAAUUGGAUGUUAAUGGCUCAUGGCUGCUUCACGCAGAGUUGUACUAUCGUCACUGCCUACGACACGCUGGGAGAAGAUGGCCUGCUACACUCCAUGAACGAGUCAGAAGUGGCUGCAAUAUUCACAAAUGCAGAUCUCCUUCCGGUUAUCCAGAACGUCGCUGGCAAAUGCCCGACUCUCAAGCAUGUGAUCUAUGAUGGUGAACCAAAAUCUGCAGUUUUGGACAAACUAAGAAAUACUUACACAGCCUUGAGAUUCUCUUCGUUUGACGAACUCAUAAGUCUUGGGAGAGAGUUCGGCGUUGAACCGAUUCCCCCAACCCCAAAUGAUUUAUGCUGCAUUAUGUAUACGUCGGGGAGCACUGGGAAUCCCAAGGGCGUAAUGCUGUCCCACGCGAAUAUUAUCGCAACUAUCGCCGGCGCCACCAAAGCGCUUAAGCAACAUAUCAAUGAUGAUGAUCUCUUUCUCGCUUACCUACCCUUAGCACACGUUCUCGAAUUCUUUGUCGAACAAGUCUGUAUUUUCAACGGCAUCACUCUGGGCUAUGGAUCUGUACGCACUCUUACAGAUGCGUCGGUACGCAACUGUUUGGGAGACAUUCGCGAAUUGCGACCGACAAUCAUGACUGGCGUACCGGCUGUAUGGGAAUCAAUCCGUAAAGGUAUACUGACCAAGGUUCAUGCAAGCAGCAACACGGCACAGAAAGUAUUCAAUGCGGCUUACAAAGCCAAGGAGUGGUUGGUUCAGAAGCGUAUGCCAACUACUUUGUUGGAUACUGUCGUGUUUGACAAGAUUAAGCAGCAGACUGGUGGAAGGUUGCGUUUUGCAAUAUCGGGAGGGGCUCCGAUUUCACGAGAGACGCAAGAGUUCUUGUCAAUCACUUUGUGUCCUGUCCUUCAAGGCUAUGGAAUGACCGAAUCAUGCGGUAUGUGCACGAUUAUUACACCCGAACAGUUUACUUUCGGGUCAGUCGGCGCUCCCGUAUCAUCCACCGAGAUAAAACUUGUAGACGUACCCGAAGCCGGAUAUGCCUCUACAAAUACACCACGUCCUCAGGGCGAAAUCUGGAUCCGUGGACCUAGUAUUGCCACUGGCUAUUACAAAAACGAGCAAUUGACAAAAGAAACCUUUACAGAAGAUGGCUGGCUCCAAACUGGUGACAUUGGUGAAUGGCAUUCGGAUGGCGUUCUCUUUGUCAUCGAUCGUAAGAAGAAUCUUGUAAAGCUGUCUAAUGGUGAAUAUAUUGCUCUCGAAAAGCUAGAGUCCGUGUACAAAUCUUGUUUGUACGUGUCCAACAUCAUGGUAUAUGGCGAUUCAUUCCAGGCUCGACCUGUGGCUUUAAUAUAUCCUGUCGAACAACAACUUGUACGAUUGGCAAGAGAAAAGGGCAUUACUAAUUUAGAUUUCAAGUAUCUCUGUGAAAACGAAGAAAUCAAAGCAGUCGUACUUGAAGCUCUUCUUGCGCAAGCCAAAAAGGCAAGCUUGAAGCCAGCCGAAUUGUUGACAGCAGUGGAACUGGUUCCCGACGAAUGGACCCCACAGAAUGGACUCUUGACUGCUGCGCAAAAACUCAAGCGCAAGGAUCUUGUUACCAAGUACAAAUCGAGUAUAGACAAGUUAUAUGGCGUGAAGAGUGGUUCUAAUUAG